GUCAUACCACAAGGACUCCUAGUCCCAGGUGGCUCAGUAAGUAUUAGUCCAGGCGCCACAUACAGAGCAAGGCACGUUUGUAAGGAGUCCUUGGUUUGGGGUAGAAAGACUUCCAUUCACUCUACCAAAUAAUGUUCCUGAACUGAAGAGACUGGGGUUCAUUUCUGCAAUUUAGGAGCUCUGUUACUGCUAGUCAUUUGCAGAUGUGGAGAACAUGUCUACUAAGGGAGAAUAUUCAGAUCAGAGCAGCUGGUUCAAGAGAAAGGUGGAAUAAUGCUAACCAAUGAAAAAGCCCAUUUUUGGUCAGGAGGAAUUUCACGAAGUAUGUCUGAAGGAAAUCUGUUUGACAUGGAAGCCCGAAAAUCCUCAAGAAAUUGUGAUAUUACAGAAUGUCCAGAUCCAGGUUUGCCUCUUGAUUGGCCAGAGGAUUUCACACUUCAUGGCAAUAAUGCUUCCAAUGCUACAAAUCCAUUCUGGAAUGGACUGUCUGCAUCUAACCCAUUUUUGGAUGAUAUAACUCAGCUAAGAAAUAACCAGAAGAGAGGUAAUAUUUCUAUCUUGAAGGAAGAUCCUCUUCUUUUUUUUAGAGAAAUAGAAACUGGAAACUCUUUUGAUUCCUCUGGUGAUGAACUUGAUGUGCAUCAGUUGCUUAGGCAGUCUUCCUCAAGAAAGUCUGGAAGAUCUAAAAGUGUUUCUGAACUUUUGGACAUUUUGGAUGACACAGCACAUGCCCGUCAGAAUAUACAUAACUUUGACCAGAUCUUAGAACAAGACUUAGAAUGGCUUCGAAAUGAUCGAGAGGCUUAUAAAAUGGCUUGGUUAAGUCAGCGCCACCUUGCCCGUUCCUGCCUAGAUUUGAGUACAAUUAAUCAGAGUCCUGGAUGGGCCCAAACACAAGUUGCAGAGACUACAGUCGUUUGCAAAUUAAACCACCAAGGAGGGUCAGUACAGUUACCUGAAUCAGAUAUCACUGUUCAUGUGCCCCAAGGCCACGUAGCUGUGGGAGAAUUCCAAGAGGUAUCUCUAAGGGCUUUUCUAGAUCCUCCACAAAAGCUUAACCACGAUCUUUCAUGCACCAUAAGCCCACUGUUGGAAAUCAUGUUAGGUAACCUCAACACAAUGGAAGCCAUUUUGCUGGAGAUGAAAAUUGGGGCUGAAGUGAAAAAGGAUCCUUUCAGCCAAGUCAUGGCAGAAAUAGUGUGUUUACACAGUCUGGAAAAAGAAGGCCCUUUCAAAGUAUUAAACAACUGCUACAUUUAUAAAGACACCGUCCAGGUCAAGCUAGUAGACUUGAGUCAAGUGAUGUAUCUAGUGGUUGCCGCACAAACUAAAGGUACUCAAUCACCAGCUGCCACCAUUUGGGAUUAUAUCCACAAAACCAUUUCAGUUGGAAUUUAUGGACCCAAAUAUAUCCACCCCAGUUUCACUGCUGUUUUCACAGUUUGUGGACAUAGUUAUAUGCCAGGAAAGCUUACUAUCUCUGAUAUUAAAAAAGGUGGGAAACCCAACACAUCUCCAGUUGUGUUUCAGCUCUGGGGGAAGCAUUCCUUCCUACUUGAAAAGCCACAAGAUUUAAGUAUAUCUGUCUUAUCAUGUGAUCCUGAUUUUGAAGUAAAAGCAGAAAGGAAAAGGAAAGAAGUUAAGCAAAAGCACUUGCAAUCAGGUCAAGUAGUUCAUCAACAAUUUUUCUUCUCUUUAGUUGACUCCAGAGAAAUGCAUUUGUUUGUUUUCUGUGUUCAGUUGGAGCCGUGCAGUGGUAGGCCAGUGACACAGUUCUUUAUAACUUCACCUGAUCCAGCUCCGAACCUAAAAAGUCUGUCAAUUCUUCCAAGUGAUUUGCAGAAGAAGAAGGAAAGUAAAUCUGCUUUAUUACCAACAGUGCAUGUUAAAUAUCCUACAUUUCAAGACAAAAAAUUGAACUUUACCAGCUAUGGAAUAACCCAGAAGACAGUGAUAAGACAAAAUAAGAUUGAAUACUUACUUGAAUAUUUCAAAGGGGACACAGUAGCUCUUCUUGGAGAAGGUAAAGUAAAAGCCAUUGGACAGUCCAAAGUGAAAGAAUGGUAUGUGGGAGUCCUGAGAGGCAAGAUUGGACUUUUACACUGCAAAAACAUCAGGGUGAUUGCAAAGGAACAAGUAAUGUCUAUGUCAGAUACUGUCUUCACAACCCGGAAUCUACUUGAACAAAUUACCCUGCCUCUUAAAAAACUGACUUACAUCUACUCAGUUGUCUUGACUUUGGUGUCAGAAAAAGUGUAUGAUUGGAAAGUUUUAGCUUAUGUCCUAGGCUAUUCACAUCUGGCACUAGAAGACUUUGAUCAGCUACAAGCAGACAAAGAAUCAGAAAAAGUUGCUUAUGUUGUAAAGAAGUUAAAGGAAGAUUGCCAUGCAGAUAGAAAUACCAGGAAGUUUCUUUAUGAACUUGCUGUGUUGUUGCUGCAGGCUCUGCUGAAGAUUGAUUGCCAAGGAUUAGUAGUGCAUCUUGUCCAGGAGGCUGCUAUUCUGACUUCAGCUGUCAAGCUUGGGAAAGGCUGGAGGGAACUAGCUGAAAAGUUAGUGCGACUCACAAAGCGACAAAUGGAGGCAUAUGAAAUUCCUCACCAAGGAAAAUCUGGAGAUGUGGCUGUAGAGAUGAUGUGGAAACCUGCCUAUGAUUUUCUUUAUACUUGGAGUGCUCACUAUGGAAACAGCUACAGAGAUGUGUUACAAGACCUACAAUCAGCUUUGGACAGAAUGAAAAACCCUGUGACCAAACAGUGGCGAGACUUAACUGGAGCUUUAAUACUAGUGAACUCUUUAGAGGUUUUGAGAGCAACUGCAUUCUCCACUUGUGAGGAAGUAUAGAAAUGAAGGAUACGUUUUGAGAGGAAGGAGUAGAGGGAGAAAGGGGUGCGUGUGAGAGAGAGAGAAAGGAAAAGAAUCUCAUAAAAGUAUUGCUUUUAAGAAAAAAAAAAAAGUUUUUCCUGGUGAAAACAUAGCCUAACACAAAAUCCAAGGAUGGGUUUUAUAAUCAAAUAUGUAUUUUUGUGUCUCCCUUUCACAUACAAACAUUAAGCUGCUUUAUUGUUGAGAAAAGAAAGAAAAAACUCUUUCUCCCUUUCAAAGUUACUCUUAAUUUCUUUUAGUUAAAACAAAUGACUGCCGGCAUAAUUACAUCACACAGAAACCCAGAUAAUCCAGAGGCUCUCAAUAAAAACACUGGAAUUUUGCCAGCAGGCAGGUAGAGGGAGGGGAGAAGGAAGCAAUGCUCUGUGGCCAGGCACCAGACUACAUGCUUUCUCUAGCUGCUCUCUUUUAUUUCCAGUGGCAUUUGUUAGGAUUAUUCCCAUUUUUCAUGUGAAGAAUCUAAGGACUAGAGAGGACAGUCAGGGCUAUACAGCCAGUGUGAAGCAGGUUUUCUGUUUGCAAAAUCUGGCUCUGUUUUUUGUUUUUGUUUUUGUUUUUUUUUUAAGAAAACAGCACAUGGGAAUAUAGUUUAAAAAACACACAAUGCAUAUUAAAACUUAUGGGUAAUUAUUUCCUCUUAAUUAAGCUCUCUGCUCUAUUCUACCAUCUCAUGAAAGUUCCAGAAGGAAGAAACGACUGGAAAUCUGUUUUCUGCAUCCACCAACUGGAAUUUUUCCCACCUUCCUCCAUCUUGAGGUCUAGCUAAUCCUUCAACUUUUUCUUCAGGAUCAUAAUGCAGAGUAAUUCUUUUAACUGUCAAAGACUUUUUAAGAAGGAGGGUUGUUUUUUAAAAGCCUGAUUUAUAGCAGCUGAAUGCAGCCAUCUUAUCUACUAGAAACACUGAUACCUGUGUGUGUGUGCAUGCUCAGAUGUUUAUGUAAUCAUGUGUAUGUGUGUGUGUUUCAGAAUGUUUUAUAAAUCUUUUGGAAUACAAAGAUUGUAUAGAAAUGUAGGCAAGUAUAAAUGCUAACUGUUAGAGAGUUGAUAAGGGAUGGUCUGUGCUUACUCCUGUGUCCAGUCCUUUGGCUGCCUGCCUCUGUUUAUGUGCUCUAGACAGUCACUCAUUUAUUGUCAUUCAGUUGACAGAGUGUGUAUACCCACUUUGUGGCAGAUGCAUAGAUGUUUGAGGUUAAUAAUGGGAGAAAAACAGUAUGAUCCCCCUGACUUCAGUACUGCUGAAGUGAUAUAGGCAAUAAUAAAGAACUAUACAAUUAAUUUUA